AGUUUAGCCCUUAGUUUGUCACCCUGCCAGCACACACGCACAGACACACCUAAAAACCUGGACGGCCAUGGAGGAGCUUCUGCUACCGAGUGGCGGCGAGGAGGAGGCGCGCUCCGAGCACAGCGGUUCGUACGUUCCGGGCGCCGCCGGGAAGACGAUGGGCGACCGGGCCAAGAGCUUCCUCCUACAGAUGGUGAACGAGGACGCCAGGAGGAACCUGAGGAACUUCUGCAAGAAGAACGGACUGCUGACGCUGUCGGUGAUCGCCGUGUUGACCGGGUGCACGCUGGGCUUCAUGCUCAGAGGGACGCAGCUGUCCACACAGGCCAAGAUCUACUUCUCUUUUCCUGGAGAACUGCUGAUGAGGAUGUUGAAGAUGCUCAUUCUUCCCCUCAUCACAUCCAGUUUAAUGUCGGGCUUGUCGUCCAUGGAGUCCAAGGCGUGCUGCCGGAUGGGCGUCCUCACCGUCACCUACUACCUCUGGACCACCUUCAUCGCCGUCGUGGUCGGCAUCGUGCUCGUCAUCAUUAUCAAACCCGGCAUCGGGACGGAGAUGGAGAGCCACCGGCUGGGGGGAGGGCCCGUCAUGACCUCGGCUGACGCCUUGCUCGACCUCAUCAGAAACAUGGUUCCAUCGAAUCUGAUCGAGGCCACAUUUCAGCAGUACAAAACAGACCUGGUUCCGAUCCUGAAAGUCCCGACUAGAACGGUCCAGCCCAGCUACGUCUACGUCAUCCCUGAUGAGAACCACCCCAAAGGUCGGACGGUUUACCUGGAGCUGACCCCAGCCCCUGAGGUCACAUACAAGACCAGCCCAGGCACCAGCCAACAGAUGAACGUCCUGGGCAUCGUCAUCUUCUCUGCCACCAUGGGUCUAUUGCUGGGCAGGAUGGGAGAGCGAGGAGCGCCGCUGGUCAACGUCUGUCAGUGCAUCAACGAGUGUGUGAUGAAGAUCAUCAACGCUGCCGUUUGGUAUUUCCCGUUCGGCAUCAUCUUCCUGGUUGCGGGGAAGAUCCUGGACAUGCAGGACCCGAGCACCCUGGGAAAGAAGCUGGGCUGGUACGGCAUCACGGUGCUGUCCGGCCUCUUCGUCCACGGCCUCAUCCUCCUCCCUCUCUUCUACUUCCUCCUCACCAAGAAGAACCCCUUCACCUUCAUCCGCGGUCUGCUGCAGGCCAUGGUCAUCGCCCUGGCGACCUCGUCCAGCUCGGCCACGCUGCCCAUCACCAUGAAGUGUUUACUGGAGAACUGCCACGUGGACCGGCAGAUCGCUCGCUUCGUCCUCCCCGUCGGUGCUACCAUCAACAUGGACGGGACGGCGCUGUACGAGGCUGUGGCGGCCAUUUUUAUCGCACAGGUCAAUGAGUACGAGCUGGACUUCGGCCAGUUGGUCACCAUCAGCAUCACAGCUACAGCUGCCAGUAUCGGUGCUGCCGGGAUUCCUCAGGCUGGUCUGGUUACCAUGGUGAUCGUACUAACGUCCGUGGGCCUGCCGCCAGAUGACAUCACACUCAUCGUGGCCAUUGAUUGGAUCCUUGACAGGUUUCGGACCAUGAUCAACGUCCUGGGUGAUGCUCUGGCAGCAGGAAUCAUUGCUCAUCUCUGUCGGAAAGACUUCCCACUCGGCGAAACUGGAAAGCGUGUUCCUUCAUACGGGACACACACUCCACACAAUCCACACAACUCCCACACUGUCAACGUGCCAAUGACGGAGAUCCACACACACAAAGACUGUAUGUUCGACGACUCGUUGACGGAGAGACACGCCCACACCGUCUACUACAACAUCUGUCAGGUGUGACCAGAACCGGACCGGAACCGAUACCAGAACCGGACCGGAACCGGACCAGACCCACCGGCUGACCUAGAACAGCGCCGAGUCCAGGAAACGCCGGGUCGACCCUCGCCGUGCCAUCCGUCUUUUCCUCAGUUGUGGAUUAUUUGGCCAAACGUGGAUCGGAGCUUCGUUUGGUGCUAAGUUUCCCCUUUGAGGAUGAGAGGUCAAAGGGCGCGAGGAUCAUGACAUCAUCUAAAGUAAGGGUGUCAGAGUCAGUGUAGUUCAGGUUCUACAUUCAGCCCAAGUUGAUCUCAAGUGGAUCAGACCAGAAAAGUAAUAACCUAUAAAUAAUAAUCCAAGUUUUUCUUUGUUUUUGUAUG